GUAUAUAGCAUAUUGCGCGCAUAGCCUUGUCACUUAUUCGUUUGCAUUAUGAAACGAGAAACCUGCGCCAACUGUGACCACUGCGACUUGUUGUUUCUGGGACACCCGAGCUAUAACUGAGCAUGUAUAUAUUAGUAUGAGCGACUAAAGUGGAAAGCGGUGUCCAAAUGAGCGCAGACAGGGCAAGCGCAGGCGACGAAGCUUGCGUAAGCCGCGCUCGCUCAGAGCUUAGCCUUGACCUGGGUGGUGAGGUUCUCUCGCUGCUGCGUCUCCUGUUCGCAUCCGACCUAAUGCCAGCGGGCGGCUUGUACACGGGCGCGUGGGCGCAGGCGGCGGUCCGUCGCUACCUGCGACUGUGGCUGCCCCUCCUCUCCCACCACCCUGACCCCGCCGAGCGCGAGAGCCUCAUUCCCCCCCUGGAUGUGGCCCUGGUCUGGAUGCUACAUCGCGCUCUGGACAUCCACGCGUACGUCGACGACUGCAACAUGGUUGCUCUCAGCAGUGCGGCCGCGCUGGGGCUUCCCACAGACCGAGAGCCCGAGCUGCUGGGGGCCGGGACGGAGCAGGCGCUCGGGUUCGGCGACGGCGAGGGGGCGGUGGGCGCCUUCUCCGCGGAGGUGUGGCAGGAGUGGUCGCAGCUCGUUGAGGAAGGCCGCAUCUCGCCGCCCUCCCAGCCGCUGUCCGGGCUGCCCGGCGGACCGCCCGGACAGCCCUACUGGCCGCCGCAGCUGCCCGCGGCGGGCACUGGCGGCGGCGCCGGCGGCAGCCGCCGGCCCGGCGAGGCGUGGGAGGAGGAGUUGCAGGGGCGGCUGGUGGCGGCGCUGCCGCACGCGUCGUGGCUGCUGCGGCGGCUGCUGGCGUGCGGCUUCGAUGGCAGCCCGCAGCACUUGGAGAUUGCGCUGGACAGGUACUGCCGCUUCCUGCUCCUGGCGCAGCGGCACGCGCACGAGGCGCUGCUGCCGCCGCCCGACGUGCUGGCGGUGUGGUGGGCGCACAAGGCGCACCUGGGCGCCUACCUGUCUGACAUGGACGUGGUGAUGGGCGGCCCCUUCGACCUGGCGCUGGCGCAGACGGACCUGGAGGACGUCCAGCUGGCGGCGUACACGGCCAGGAUGUACGAGCAGGCAUUCGGGCUGCCGUACGACCCGCCGUACAACCCCACAGGCUGCCCGCCCCUUCCCCCGCACCCCUUCUCCCGCCAGCCCCACCCCCAGCAGCCUCCCCCGCAGCACACGCAGCACACGCAGCACGCGCAGCAGCAGCUGCUGCAGCUGCAGCUGCAAGACGCGCUGGGCCGGCAGCUGGAGUGGCAGGCGGCGGCGGGCCAGCUCGCGCCGCUGCGCACCUUCUUCGACAGCGGCGCCUCUCUCAUGGCGCGACUCACCGCAGCCAACAGCAGGAGCACCAGCCGCGGCCGGGUGGCGGCGGCGGCGGCGGGCGUGGCGGCGGUCGGCGCGCCCAUCUCGCCGGCGCGCGCGCCGCUAACGCCGUCGCUGUGCGCCGCAUCGUCUGUGGGCGCCGGCGGCGCUGCCGGCGGUCCCGCCGCCCAGUCUAGCGCCAACAGCUACCGCUGCUCCUCCGCGUCGCAGCAGCAGCGGCAGCGGCAGCAGCAGCAGCAACAACUGCAGCGGCACGGCCCGGGGGUGCAGGGGCAGCGGAGGGGCUCGGCGGGCGGCAGCCAGGCCCUGACGGCGGCGGCUGAGGCGGCGCUGGCGCUGGAGGCCGCGGGCGGCGGCGGCGGCGGCUGGGAGUGCCCCUCCCCCGGCGGCACCGAUAGCAGCGGCAGCAGCACCAGCGGCAGCAGCGGCAGCGUCGCCGGCGCCCCGCGUCACUCCCGCACUCAACAACAUCAGCAGCAGCAACAGCAGGCCGCUAAUCUCGCACCGCCAUCGCCACCGCAGCAGGCGUUUCCGCCGCCGCCGCCGCUGAGCCCCGCUCCUGCUGGCGGCCGUCCUCACAGCCGCUCCACGCCGCUCGCCAAGCUCGGCAGCGCCCUGCGCAACCUGCUGCACCGCAGCCGCAACAGCCGCAGCAGCCGUCGGCGCAGCGUCAGCGCCAGCGGCUUUCCCGGCGUCACCGCCGCCGGCGCCGCCGGCUCUGCGGGCUCGCACCCCGCCAUGCGUGGCACCUUCAGCUGGCGGCAGGACUCCGCAGCUACUGCUGCGGGCGCCGCCGCCGCCGCCGCCAGCACUGGCACUGGCGCCGCCGCUGCUACAGCCGUCCGGCCGGCGGGCCAGUACCCCACCCACUCGGGCGAGAUGGCCGCCGGCGGCGGCGGCGGCGGCGGCGAGCGCAGCAGCGCGGCGGCAGGCCCCGGCGGCACACGCGCUAGCCAAGAGGUGCUGGCGCGCGCCCUCACGGUGGACGUGUGCCCCGGCGGCUUCGUGCCCACGAGUGGCGGCGGCGCCGCCGGUAGGGAUGAGCCCGACUGGGGGCGGACAUGGGCGGGGCUGCCGCUCACGACCGCCGGCACCGCCCGCACCUCUCGCGGCGCCCAUUGGGGCGGCGGUGGCGGCGGCACUGGGCCGCUGGUGACGGCGACGGCGGCCACACGCGCCACCGGCUCGCCCAUGCCGAGUAGCGGCGGCUUCACAGUCGCCGCCGCGCUCGCCGCCGCCGCGGCCAUGCCGGCGGCGGAGGCGACGGCGCCGGCCUCCUCGCCAUUCCCGUCGCGCUGCUCCGCCGCCGCGUCCGCGUCCGCCACGGCGCCGGGCGGUGCCGCCGCGCCGUCGUCCGCGCCGUUCGCCUCCUCCGCUGGCGCCGCCGCCGCCGCCGCCCGCGCAGUCGCUACGGGCAGCCCGCUUCCUGGCGGCUCCUACCUGGCGCAAUGGCUGAGGCGCGGCAGGGGCAAUGCGGACACGCACAGCGGCAGAAGCGGCAAGUAAGUGCAGCGGCAGGGCGCACGGGUUGGCGCCGGUGCGCGGCUGGCGGCGGGACGCCAGCAGUGCGUGAGGGCGGGCGCUGUUGCGAGCGAGGGGUGCGCGAGAGGUGUUCAUGAGAGCAUUCAUAGCUCGGCGCGCGCUGCGAGACUACGUGGACUUCAUGUGGUCAGCAGGUGGUGGGGGAGUGCAGGAUGGGACGAGCGGUGAGCACUCGGAACUGCUGUUGCUGCGGAACGUCCUGAUCGCCACUUCGCACUGCAAUCAAACAGACUGCAAUCAAACUACCAUCUACUUGAUAUGCCGCUGCCCAUCAUGCUGAUGGCAUUUCUCAGGGAUUCUUUGGUGGCCCGGGUUGCAUGUGCAAAACGACACCCGGGAUAUUGCGAUGGGUAUUGUGGUGGUUCAAGGAACGAAAAACGUACAUCAAAUGCAAGCGCCGGGGCGCUGAUUGACCUAUGGCCGACUUCCACCAAGCAGCAGGGAGGCUUGCAGUUUUGGGCGCAGAGAAAUGCGAUUGCUACCGGUAUCUAUCGAGACGUACAUAUGGAGAGGAUGUGGCCGCUACUGCUAGAUAGCGGCGUGAAUGCGUGCACGCACACGCAGCGGCAGUAGCAAGAAUAAGGCGCUAGCCCCAACCCGUGCCUGCCUAAGAGCGGGCAUCUAGCGCUGGCUGCAUCUUGUGCGACCGCCGGAUGCCGAGCUAUUCAGCUAACUAGCACUGUUGAGGCUUUGUGCGGAUAGGCAGAGGCAGGCGCCAAGCACGGCGUUGGGCAGUCGUGGCCUGCAUGGCCAGGUGUCGCAUCUGCCGGCCUGAGACGCCGUCGUGACGUGCGCAGUGGUCUGUCGUGAUAUACAUGUAUAUAACGUAUAUGUCUGCCAUGUGUUUGUGAUGAUGAUUAUGAUGCACGGUCAAGAGCUGUUGACGUAUUACAACAGCAAGGCAUUGAUGGAAUGGCAGGUCGCUUGAGAUUUGCAUGCAGUGUGUGGAGGCGCACUGGCUGUAGGCAAGAGGUGUCGCGUGUUGCUCUGCGCAGCCUGGCGGCGGCGGCGGCGGGUGCAUGUGCGAGCUGCGAGGGCGGCCCUGCUUUGCUCGCACGCACCCACUGCCGCCGCGCAUGAGCAUUUUCCAAUGAGAGGCCGGUUUCACCUCUCAUUAGUCACCCGGGGCAGCAGGCACCCGCCACCACACGUGCUGCCGGCCCCCACCCAUCGUCGCACGCACCCUAAACCUAGCGAGUAGGUAGACCGCUUGCUUCACUUCGUUUGGCCGGUUAUUCAUUUCUUGUGAAUGCUGUAUGCUUUUUGUGGUGCUUUCUUUCCUUUACUUCGUGUGUGGAGUGCCUUAAAAUACAUGUACAUAGCUUGCGGCGGGCACUGUUUAGGUAGCAAGCCGGGGCAAAGGGUCCGCUGAAAGCAAUGGUGUGUGGAGAAUCGCAUGCAUGGCUGUGGUGUUGUGGGCUGUACGUACGACUGAUUACGACUGAGCAGGAAAACGGCACGAGAUGAGAUGUGGUGAUACAUAGCACGGCGGCUACGCGGGUCGUUUUAUCUGGUCCUAUUCGUACUGCUGCUGCUGCGGCUGCUGCUGCCGCCGCCAGCAUGAAUUGGCUGCUUGCUAAGAGAACAUGAAGGCUUCGAUAAACGUAUGGGGUUUACGUACUGCCAGUUUGACAACACAGCGACAACAUUUUGUGGCACAAGGGCUGCACUUCCAUCCAUGCUCGGCACAUGCACAGUGCGUGUGCUGUGCAAAGGUGUGCAGCUCCCAGGCUUACGUGAAGCUCUCGCUGGAGGCAACGGGAGUGGGGCCAUAAUGUCCAUCAUUGUCGCCACAGUCCAUCUCUUUGGAAACACUCCGCCGCCGGCGGCGCGUGUGUCCGUGCCAAACCAGACCAGACAUGUUUGGCCUCUGCGGGUCUGGUGCAGCGGUGCGCACUCAUGCGGCUGGGCCUCCGUCUGGAUUGCAUACUCGCAAUGGCUUUUGCUCUGAAGUUCAGGAUGCUGGAGUGUCAUUGGGGGCGGUUGACUGCAGUAGGGUGGACCGAAUGACCGAUGCAUCCGCAUAUGCGGCGGGCGGCUGUUACCAAGGGAGGUCGCAGGAUGUGUGUUUAGGCGGGGAGGGGAUUCACCAUUCCUGUUCGUUUGUGGGGUUGCUCGGCUGAAGACUUCGAGGUCCGGGCCGUUACUGCCGUCGUACUGAAUUCAAGGCAACCCAACCCAAUUGCGAGUGUUAUUGUGAGUGUGCGGCAGAGAGAUAGGGUAGGGGUUAGGAGGCGCAAGAUGAAAGGCACGCACGCUGCGUGGCUUGAAGGGGGCGUUCAUGCUUCGAUUGUGAGUGAGUGUGCGUGCGGCAGCGGCUUUUAUAAUGCUGCUGCUACCACCCUUCAUCUACGCAUAUUGUUUCAAGUGUACCGGUAGUAUUGCUACAGAGUCCUGGCAGGCAAUGCAGAGAUGGCAGGCAGGAGGUGUUGCAGAAGAGAUAGGGCAGGCAGGGGGCAGGGUGGAGAGACACGCUGCGGGGCCUGGAGGGGUUUACUGGGCCCGUUAGUGUAUGCAGGCGGGCGUGUGCAAUUGGAAGCCCCCGCUGUCAAGGACAGUCUUUCCGCCGCAAAGCUGUAGGCUGUUUGUUGUGUGUUUGCCUGCUAGCUGAUGAGGCAGCGGCGGAAAGCCAGGCGCCGAUCUUCACACGCCGCCGCCUAGGUCGGGGCGGGUGCUGUACGGUGCAGCUGCGUACCGGUGUGUGCCGUGUUGUAUGGGUACCGUGUGCUAAUGAAGGUACCGUGGCAACAAGCAGCGCGGCAUGCAUGUGCGGCCUGAGGGCAACAUACAGACACGGGCCGGGGUCCCAUGGCUGGUCCCACGGGUCACGGCACCGCCCUCCGCGCGCCUGAGUGAGCGGGCAGCAGCAGUGGCGCCGCGCCAGGGCGCCGCUGCUGCCGCCGCGUGCGCGGCGCACUGAGGCGCAGACAAUUCUGCUGCUGGCUUUGUAACUCUGAUACGGU